AAUUGGUAUAAUGGUAUUAUAGUAAUAGUCUAGUAUUUGGCUCUCAUUUAAUUUUAUUCUGGAUUACUAGUUAGAUUACUGGAUUAUAAAAUUAGAACCCAGAAACAGAGCAGGGUCGAAGAAAACGAUGAAGCUCAAGUUUACUCCUGAAGCUUUUGCUGCCUUCUUUCAUGGUGGUACUACUCUUAUUACUCCUUUUCCUUCUUUUCAUUUUCAUUUUCAUUUUCAUUCACGCCAUUAUUACUCCGUUGCAACUGAUGCUGUUAUUCAAGAUCGUCAGUUGUUUCUCAAAUCAGUUAGAGAACACUGCAAAUUAGGGUUUUCCAAUCUCAAUUUCCCCCUUUCUCUCUUUCAUCAAUUGAUCUCUUUGCGUCCCCUCCCUUCUAUUAUUGUUUUUACUCAACUCUUCACUGCCAUUUCUAAAUUGAAACGCCUUCAACCUCACUCUACCCUUAUCUCUCUACUCAGAAACCUUGAAUUGUCAGGUAUUCGACCCGAUAUGCACUCUAUUGGUAUUCUCGCCAAUUGUUACUGUCAUUUGGGCCGUGUCGAUUUCGGUCUCUCUCUUAUGGGUAAAUGCCUUAAACUUGGAUAUUCCCCCAACUGUUAUACCUUUAACACCUUAAUUAAUGGCUUUAUCCACUCUAAUAAGCUCCCUCAAGCUCUUCAAUUGCUCCAUCAAAUUGUUAAGCUAGGUUUCCAACCCAACAUUGUUACCUAUGGUGCUAUUUUUAAAGGCCUUUGUCAGAUUGGUGACAAUGCUGCUGCCCUUCACUUGCUUAAGAAGAUGCAAUGUGGUAUUUGUAAGCCUAAUCUUGUCAUCUAUAGCACCAUUAUUGAUAGUCUUUGUAAGGAUAGGCUGUUGAAAGAAGCCCGCGAUCUAUUCACCGUCAUGAAAAGUGAGGGCAUCAUACCUGACGUUGUCACUUACAACUCCUUGAUUAGAGGUCUCUACAACUCUGGCUCCAAGGUCGAGGCUAAAGAUAUGCUAGCUCAGAUGUUGGAGUGUAACAUAGCACCAAAUGUUAUCACCUUCAACAUGCUUAUGGACAUGUUUUGCAAAGAUGGAAAUGUUGAUGAAGCACAAGCUAUUCUAGACUACAUGAUUGAGAGAGGUGAGAUUCCAAAUGUCAUAACUUACAAUGCUUUACUCGAUGGUUAUUGUUUGCGUGGUCAGAUGGAGGAUGCUGAAAAGCUACUUGAUCUUAUGGCCCAAAAUGGUUGUGAGCCUGAUAUUGUAAGUUUUAGUACUAUAAUUAAUGGAUAUUGCAAAGAUAGAAACAUCGACAAGGCCCUCAAUGUGUUUCAAGAAAUACUUGAAAAAGGGAUUACACCUAAUGUUGUUACCUAUACCACUCUUAUUGAUGGACUAUGCAAAGUCAAUAGACUCCCACUUGCGCGUGAAUUGUUCAAGGAUAUGCAAGGUCAUGGAAGUACUCCGAAUAGUGUCACAUAUGCUUCGUUGCUUGAUAGCUUAUGCAAAAAUGCGCUACUUGAUGAGGCAGUGGCGUUACUUGAAGAAAUGGAGGACAAACGUGUUAAGCCUACUAUUGUCAUAUACAAUAUCCUAAUUGCCUGUUUGUGUGAGGCUGGGAAAGUUGAAGAUGCAGCAAAAUUCUUCUUGGAUCUUGUAUUGAAGGCCCUGCAACCUGAUCUAAUAACAUAUAAUAUAAUGAUUAAAGGUUUAUGCAAGAAAGGGCUCAUGGAUGAGGCUAUCCAAUUGUUGAGGAAAAUGGAGGAAGACAGUUGCUCACCCGAUGAUCUUACUUAUAAUACAAUUAUCAGAGGAUAUAUUCUCAACAAUGACUUGUCAAAUGCAUCGUACUAUUGUGAUCUUAUGGUUAGCAAGGGAUUCAAAGGUGAUGCUGACACUUUCUCGUUAUUGGUUGGCCUAUUGUCGUCUGGUAACUUAAGUGAGUCUAAUAAGGAUCUUCUUAGCAAGUUCUUGAAAUGACUUGAGUAAGAUAAUUCCAAAUUGCAACUAUUGCUGACACUUUUUCAUACUGGUUGGCCUAUUGCUGUCGACUUCAAGUAUUCAACUUACUGAUAUCUGCAUUGCUGAUUUGCUGUUAUGUCUAAGAAUCAGAGGGAAAGCAGAGCGAUUCGAUGAAUGUAAGGAAGAUAGAGAAAGAGGAGUUGGAGGAAAAAUAUGAAGGUCGAGAGAACAUGGUGGGAGUGUAAGAGUAGCCUGUUGAUAUUGAUGAAAGAUUGUUGAAGAGAAGAAGAGAUGAGAGUUUGAUGAAAGAGCAACGACAAAAGUUGCCAUGUUUUUUGGGUUUCAGCCAAGUCUCUUGUGCUCGAAUAGUCCCUAGCAUUUGCCAAAGGUUUUCAUUGUUUGUCGUUGUGUUCCUGAGUUCGAAAUUUACAUCGAGUGACAAUUGAAUGGAGGUAACACCGUGCCAUGAGUUUGCCACUGUCACAGUCAUAAAUUGUUUGAAUCUAGUAUGCUUUGAUACCGGUAAUCUAUUGCUCGUUUUCACCGUGCGUGGUUAGGAUUUUUAUUGAUAACUUGAACUUGGGUUGUCUGUUAUUUUGUAACUACUUCGCUAGAUUAUUGACUAAUUUUGUUUUCAAUAUGAAGGGGUAUUCUAGGGGCUUAAGAUGAAAUGGUUAUGUAACAGCUAUGCAAUAGGCCAAUAGUCAUGGUGGAUGAGGGCCACUUUCAUGUUUCUCUUUUGUCUUUUGUAUAGGAAUAGGACACAUAUAAGAGGUCUUAUAUCGCAUGGGUGAUCCUUUUUGUUAAUUAAUCUUAUGUAUAUGUCCUAUAAAUGUAUUAUUAGUUGCUUAUAUAGUUCA